AAGCGACCUGCCACAAGGCAACAUUUUGUUACAGUGUUAGCGCGCACUUUCCCCAAAGUAGCUGGCGCAUUCUUGUCAUUUAUUACAACCGUGGCCAUGUCGCCUGGAAAAUUCGUGGCGUCCUAGUCCGCCCCUUAACCUCGGCACCCCAGCUGCUCCACCCUCCCCUCAACCAGUCGCACGCGCACCGAACCCAGGGCUGUGAGCGCCUAAGCCUUACGCCCGCGCCCGCGACCAGGACAAGGACCAGGGCCGGGGCCAGGACCCGGACCGAACUCACCGUAGCCAGGGGCCAAAAUGCAGGACCAUCCUUUCCUGGCCGAGCUGGUGUGUGAGCGGCUGCCCUGGCGGGACGCACUGCGGCUGGGCGCCACAUGCCGCGCCCUGCACAGCGUGGCCCUGAGCAGCUUGGCCCGAGGCGGCGGCAGCGGCAGCAGCAGCAGCAGCAUCGGUGGCACCUGUUGCACUGGCGGUAGCAGCGACGGCGGCUGGAGCCGCCACCUCACCACACCCGUGCACGCGUUGCCGGCACUGGGGCAGAAGCCAGGUGGCGGCGGGAGUGGCGGUGGCAGUAGCAGCGGCGGCGGAGGCUACGAUGUGGCUGCAGCAAUGCUCUUGCGGGGCCUACACGGCCUCACCCUCACUGUCUCUGCGGCCGGGGCGGCGGCUAUAGCAGGUGGAGGUGCCAGUGAGGGCGGCGAUGGCUACUUGGGUGGCGGCCGGGACCGGCUUCUGCCACCUCCCCUCGGCUGCCACGGCGGCGGGCACACCGCAUGUGGCGGAGUCGACUGCGGCGGCGGUGGCAGCGUCAAGAGCUCUGCACGCAUGGAGGCAGCCGGCCGGGGCCUCGCAGCUGGAGCGGACGUGGGCGACGAGGAAGACGAGGAGGCAGUCGAGCUGGAGAUGGGCGCUGCAGCUGAGUCAGACACCCUGUGUGAGUCCGAGGCGGCGGAGGCGGAGGCGGCGGAGGCGUUGCUCAAGUGGCUCGCAAGCGCCACCGCCGCCGCUGCCGCACCAGCCCCAGCGCACAAACCAGCACUGGCCCAGUCGCCUCCACAGCAGCUGCGGCCGCCUCCACCGCUGCUGCCGGCUGUGCGGGUGCUGGAGCUGCAGCUGGAUGUGGGCAUGGCGGCAGCGGCGGCGCUGCUGGCGGCGUGUCCGCAGCUGCGGCGGCUCACGUGCAGGUGCCUGGAUGCCGAGCGCCACUGCCGAGGGGCGCCGCGAGAGCAGCUGCAGGAACUGGAGGGCGAGGAAGAGGAAGAGGAAGAGGAAGCGGGCGAGCAGGAGGAGGAGGAGGAGCUUGAGGACGGGGAGGAUGGGGAGCUAGCGAUGCAGGAAGAGGACGGGGCGGAACAGGACGAGGCAGCCGGCGGCUCCUCACGACCUGCCGCCGCCGCAGCAGCAGCAGCAGCAGCAGCCAGUGGUGAUACGGAUGUGGAAAUGGUGGCAGGCGAGGGGUCGGAGGCAGAUGAUGCGGAGGACGAGGAGGACGAGGAGGAUGGGGUUGGGGAUGAGGCCGGCGGGUCGGGCUCUGAGGCAGGGGGUGACGCUGGGGAGGCGGCGCGGCGGCGGCUGUGGCGCGCGCUAGCGGCUGGGCCGGUACGGCUGGCCCUGUCCUGCCCCGCCUGCCUGGACGCCUGGCUGGGCGAGCUGCAGCGGAGGCGGCGGCUGUGGCAGGGGCGGAGGCAGGACCUGCAGAUGGACCAGCAGCGGCAGCGGCGCACCGCCGCGCCCCUGCCUUGCCGGGUGAAGGCGCUUGAAGCACGGCCGCACCCCCGCUCAGCCGCAGCCGCGGCCGCGGCGGCCGGCCCGCCACUGGCGCUGCCACGUGCGGCCGCCGGCGACCUGGCGGCAGCCGCGGCGGCGUCAGCGGCGGCCGCCGCCGAUGCAGGCGCACUGCUGGCGGCGGUGUGCAAGGCCCGCCGGCUGUGCCUGCCGCCGCCACCGCCGCCCAACGACACAUGCCCUAAAGCCCCAAGCCCAUCCACUGCCCUUCCUUCAGCCGCCCGUCCCCCAGUUGCUUCUGCCUCCACCACCGUCUCCUUCUACGUCGCGCCCUCGGCCUCGCCCUCGGCCUCGCCCUCGGCCUCGCCCUCGGCCUCGCCCUACCUGGCGCUGACGCACCUGCAGCUCACGGGCGUCGCGCUGGCGCCCCGCCUGGCCCGCGCCGCGCUGCCGCCGCUGGCGUGCCUGCGCAGCCUGGUCCUGACGGACGUGUGCUGCCGGCCGCCCCACCCCGCGGGCUGGGACUGGCUGGGCGACUGCCGCGGCCUGACGCGCCUGGGACUGGCGGGGGAGUGCCCGCUGACGCCGGGGCGGCUGGGGCUGGCGCACCCCGCCAUUGGGCGGCUGACGGGGCUGGUGGAGCUGCGUGCGCCCGCCUGGUCGCUGCCGCGCGAGGCGCCGGGCGUGCUGGCCGCCCUCAGCCGCCUGACCUGCCUGGAGGCGGGCGGCGCGGCGUCGCUGCCCUACGUGGUGCCGCAGGCGCUGCCCACCAUCCGCGCGCUGUCCGUGCGGUGCUUCUACGGCGGCACGCCCCUGGGCGGACACCUGGCCGCGCUCCUGCCCGCCCUCACUGCCCUGCACACCGCCAGUCCAGCCCCCUCCGCCUCCGCAGCCUCCGUCGUCACAGCCUUCGCCGCCGGCACACAUCGCCUGCCGCUUCAGCCGCCUCACGUGGGCACGGCGGGUGCUGGGGGCCGCCACCGCCGCCGCGGCACCAGCACCAGCAUCGGUAAUGGCAACGGCAUCGCUGCCUCAGCGGCAGCGGCGGCGACUGGCACGUCCGCAUUCCGGCAGCGGCUGUUGCAGCUGCACCUGCAGGGAGGGGCGGCGGCCGGGCCCGCAGCCGCGCAGCAGGGGCGGCGGCGGCAGCCACUGGCCGGCGCGGCGGGCGGCGGGGCAGCGGGGCAGCCGCAUGGCCCGGACGGAGGACACGAAGCGGCGGAUGCAGAUGAGGGCGGCGAGGAUGAGGAGGAAGACGAGGACGAGGACGAGGAGGAUGACGAGGGGUCGCGCGGCCCUUCGGCUCCCACCGCCAGUGCCGCACGCAGCCACGUGUGUUGGGCGCUGCUGCCGCUAGACGUGCACACGGCGGUACGGCUGCCCACGUACGGCGGGCUGCGGCGGCUGGAGCUGGUGGGCGGGCCGGUGGCGGCGCUGCUGGAGCUCAGCAGGCCGCUGAGGGGCCUGACCUCGCUCACGCUGCGCUGGGCGUCGCUGCCCGAUGGCGACGAGGACGAGGAGGGGGACGAGGCGGAGGGGGAGGAGGAGGAGGUGGGCACCGCACUGCCCGCACUGCGCCUCGCCCUGGCAGGUCAGCCCCAGCUGAGCGCCGGCGGCUGCGGCGGCGCCGGCGGCUGCAGGUCAGGCGCGGCCACGCCCACCGCCCACAGCGGUUUCCACACUAGCGGCAGCGCCGGCGGCGCGACUGUUGUUGUUGCUGCUGCUGCGGCCGCCGCCACGCCCGCCUGCAGCCAGCCGCACACCAGCUGCAGUGGGGGCGGGGCUGCCGCAGCCGCAGCCGGCACCGCCGCGGACACGGACACGGACACGGCCGAGGGCGCCGGCGACGUCGACGGCGUCGUGGGUCCCGGGCCCGCCGCAGCCGGGGGAGCGGGCGGUGUACUUGCAGUCAACCCCGGUGUGUCAGCCGCAGCUGCCGCGCCGAGCGGGGGAGCUACUGCCGCAGUGCCAGCUGCUACAGCCACUACUGCCGCCCACUCGGGCCGCUCCCUGCGCGCAGUGCACUGGGCGGAUGAGGAGGUGGGUGGCGGCGCGGCGCCACUGGGCAACGGAAGUCUGGCCCGGCCCUCCAGCAGCCGGGCCAGCGGCGGCAGCAGCGCAGGUGGCAGCGCAGGUGCCGGUACCGGGGGCGUUGCGGGCGGCGGCAGCGGGGGAGGCAGCCGGCCGCCGCCAGCGCAAGGGCGGGCGCGGGGCGUGCGAUUCGUGUCGCCGCCACGGCUUCUGCGCGAUGCUGAUAGCGGCCCCAGCGGUGACGAAGGCGUGGGGCCAGCGCCAGGAGCGGCCGCUGGAACCCAAGGCGGCGCCCGGGGGCUCCUGUCCCGCAGGCACACGGACAACAGCGGUAGUGACGCGGCGGCGACAGUGGCGGCGGCGGCGGCGACAGUGGCAGCGGCGGCGGCGGCAGUGGUCGGCAGCUGCGAGCCGCCGCCGCGGCCAGCAGCGCGCGUGCGACGGGUAGGGUGGGCAUGUGGCGAAAGCGAGGCAGAGGCGGCGGCGGCUCCGGCGGCAGGUUGCGGCGCCGCGGACGCAGCUGCUUCUGCGAGUCGAGGCGACAGCAGACAGGUCAAAACAGAGGAGGUUCAGGAAUGUGCGGACGAGUGCGUCGGGGAAGCUUCCUCGCCGCCGCCUCCGUCCCUGCUUAAAGGUGCGUCGGGGACUGGACGUGCUCUGCGCACCGGCGUGCGCUUUGCAUCGCCGCCGCCGCCGCCGCGACCCAGCAACAGCCGCGGAGGAGGAGAGGGCGGUCGGGGCGAAGGCGGCCGAGCCAGUGGCGGCCGAGCCCGCAGCAGCAACAGCAGUGGCGGCGGAGCGGGUGGCAGUGCGGGUACCGGUGCUGGUGGUGCUGGCCGUACGGGCGGCUCCGCACGGCGCAAGCAGCCUGCGGCUCGACACGGCGACGAGGCGGAGCAUCAUGAUCCGGAGGAAGGGGACAAGCAGCCGGGUAUAGUGGGGGCAGCCGGGCCGAGCCUGAGCCUGAGCCGCGGCCAGCCCCGCGCCCGCACCCGCACCCGCUGCCGCAGCACUGGCGCCUCCGCCGGCGCAGAUCCCCGCACAGCCGCAGAUGCCGGCGCAGCCGCUGAUGCUGGCGGCGGCGGGUUCGCCAGUGGGUUGGAAGAUGAAGACGUGGCCGGCGGCAGCGGCGCCGCGACGCCCGCCACCAGCCACCACUCAGUCGCCGGUCUGGGCCGUGUCGCCAGCGGCGGCAGCGGCACCACCAGCACCAGCACUAGCGGCAGCCAGCCGAGCAGCAGUAGCAGCAGCGGUCACAGCGGUGGUGGCCGCAGGGCCCGGUGCGGCGGCGGCGCGGGCAGCGGCGGCAGCAGCAGCACCGACAGCGGCGCGCGGCGGGCGGCGCUGGCGUGGGCGGUCCGGCUGAGUGGGCUGCUGCCGGGUCUGACGGAGCUGGGGCUGCACUGGGUGGCGGGGCUGGGUGGAGGCACGGGGCACGACGUGCUGGACGUGCUGGUGGGCGUCGGCGGGGGCGCGGGGCCGGUGGGUGGUGCGGAGUCCGGCGGGGGUCUGAGUCGCCUGACGGAGCUGCGUCUCAGUGGCUUCAGCGGCCUGCAGGCGGAGCGGCUGGGGAGGCUCAUGCGGGGCCGGGGGGCGGCAGGCGGGAGGACAGGUGGCACAGGCGAGGCGGGGGCCAGGGCAGAGAGCGGGGCGGCCGAGGGCGGGGCUAGGGGCGGAGACGGGUUGGAGGCAGGGGUGGCUGUGGUGGGUGGUCCCGGGGGCACAGGCGGGUGCGGGCUGCGGCGGCUGGUGCUGCAGCGGUGCCGGGGCGGUGACGGCGAGGCGGCGUGCCAGGCGGCGGUGGCGGCCGCUGCGGGCAGCGUGUGGGCGGAGCUGGUGUGGCUGCCAUGAGGGGCGUGCGCGUGCGGAUGCCUUGGCCGUAGGACAGAAUCAACAGAUGCCUUCUUGGGAACCGCCUGACCGCCAGGCACCAGAUGCGUCACAGCUUCCCUAAACCGUGCGAAACAUGAUCGGCGCGGCGUGUCGCGCGCAGGGCAAUGACAGGCGCCUGGUCCUGAUGCCGAAGUACGGCAUGUAAUGAGGCGAAUGG